CUCUAAUAACUAAGUUAACCCUAUAAAAAUUUGAAGUGUUGUGAGCAACAAAUGUGUAAAGUGGCAGAACAGAAGCAACACCGCCUCCAUCAGUUAAAAAGUUUUUUCAUUUUCCCAACUUCCAUUUUAGAAUCAUCUAUUGAAACUCAAACGCAUAACCAGUACAUCCCUCACAAAAUCAAACCCUCUAUAUUUUCGUGGAGAGCGGCGGUAGGGCUUGGAAUCGUCAGUGGCGGGGGGGUAUUUUCUUUUAUUUGAAUUGGGAUAUUGAGAUAAAAUAUAUGCUGACAAAUUUUACAAGUUCACAAAUUGAGAUAACAAAUUUGCUGUUGGUGGGUUUGGAUUUUGUGGGUUGGUUUGGUUGUGUGGAAUUUUCAAUUAAAAAAUUGAUUUUGUUUUGAUGGUGAAGAAGCAAUAACACCGAUGCUUAAACAGUUGAAACAUUUUACAUUCUCUUCAUAUUCAACAUCUUCUUGUUCCACUUUGAUUAACUGCCUUCACUCUCAUCUCCCACAAACUCUUCACUCUCUUCUCCAAUACCAUGCUCUUAUAAUCACCUCUGCCAACUCUGACAACAUCUUCAUUGCCUCCAAACUUAUCUCUCUCUAUGCUUCUUUCACUAAACCCCAUUUCUCCACUCAAGUAUUCAACUUAGUUUCCAACAAAGCUGACACCUUUCUUUGGAACUCCAUCAUCAAAUCCCACUUCUCUAAUGCCAACUACCAUCAAGCUUUACAGUUCUUUCAUUCAAUGCGGUUAUCGAACACCCCGGUUAAUGAUUUUACCAUUCCAAUGGUUGUCUCUGCAUGUGCGGAGCUGAAUUGGAAAUUUUAUGGGGAUUAUAUCCAUGGGAUAACUUUAAAAUGUGGACUUUUUGAGAAGAACUCUGCUGUUGGGUCUAGUUUCGUAUAUAUGUAUACGAAGUGUGGUUGUGUGGAAGAUGCAAGUGUUGUGUUCGACGAUAUUGUUGAAAGAGAUGUGGUUGCAUGGACCGCACUUGUUAUCGGGUAUGUGCAGAAUGGGGAGAGUGCUAGGGGUUUGGAGUGUCUUUUUGAGAUGAUUAGCGUUGGUGGAGAUAGUGAAAAACCGAAUUUUAGGACAAUUGAAGGUGGGUUCCAAGCUUGUGGGAAUUUGGGUGCUUUGAGUGAAGGAAGGUGUUUGCAUGGUUUUGCAGUGAAGACUGGACUUGGAAAUUGCCAAGUUGUUCAGUCCUUGGUUUUGUCUAUGUAUUCUAAGUGUGGGGAUACUAAAGAAGCUUAUUUUUCAUUUUCUGAAGUGGCUGAAAAGGAUCUUCUUUCAUGGACAUCCAUUAUUGGUGUGUAUGCGAGAUCUGGCUUAAUGACAGAAUGCUUGAGUAUGUUUCGGGAAAUGCAGGUUGGUAGAAUGCAUCCAGAUGGAAUUGUAAUUAGUUGCAUGCUUUUGGGCUUUGGGAAUACAAUGCGUGUUUGUGAAGGAAAGGCUUUUCAUGGAUUAAUUUUGAAGAAUAAUGUGUUGGAUCAGAUGGUUCAUAAUGCAUUAUUAUCCAUGUACUGUAAGUUUGGACUUGUAACUCAAGCUGAGAAGUUUUUCAAGACAUGUUAUGAUUGGAACAGGGAGGCUUGGAACAUUAUGGUUAUUGGCUAUGGUAAGACAGGAAUGGAAGCAAAAUGUAUACAACUAUUUAGAGAGAUGCAACAUCUAGGCAUUAAAUUUGACUCGAACAGCUUGGUCUCUGUCAUUUCUUCCUGUUCUCAGUUAGGAGCAAACUAUUUAGGCCGGUCACUUCAUUGCUUCAUGAUUAAAAACUGUGGAGAUGAAAACAUCUCAGUCAUCAAUGCACUCAUAGAUAUGUAUGGGAAGAAUAGUAAUUUGACCAUUGCACACAGAUUGUUUUGUAGGGCACAAAAGGACAUUGUCACAUGGAAUACAAUGAUCUCAGCUUACACUCAUAGCGGACAUUCUGUCGAGGCACUUGCCUUAUUUGAUCUAAUGAUCUCAGGAAAAUUGAAGCCCAAUACAGCUACUUUAGUAUCUGUAGUUUCAGCUUGUUCUCAGCUUGCAUCCCUUGAGAAAGGUCAAAGGAUUCACUGGUACAUCAAGGAAGCAGGAUUUGAGCCCAAUCUAUCUCUAUACACUGCAUUGGUUGACAUGUAUGCAAAAUGUGGGCAACUUGAGACAUCAAGAGAAUUGUUCAACUCAAUGAAGGAAAGGGAUGUCAUUUCUUGGAACGUUAUGAACUCAGGUUAUGGGACACAUGGAGAUGCAAAAUCAGCGAUAGAGAUUUUCCAACAAAUGGAAAAAUCAAAUGUUAAACCAAAUACGCUUACAUUUCUUGGUCUUCUUUUAGCCUGUACUCAUGCAGGGCUUGUCGAAGAAGGGAAAUAUCUGUUUGAUAGAAUGCGGCACUAUUGUGUGACACCGAAUUUGAAGCACUAUGCUUGUAUGGUGGACCUUUUGGGCAGGUCAGGUAAUUUGCAGGAAGCCGAAGCAUUGGUUAUGUCGAUGCCUAUCCCUCCUGAUGGUGUUGUGUGGGGAGCUAUGUUAAGUGCCUGUAAACUUCAUAAUGAAAUAGAGAUGGGAGUAAGGAUGGCAAACCUUGCAAUUGAAUCUGAGCCUGAAAAUGAUGGGUACUAUAUAAUGAUAUGCAACAUGUAUAGUUCUGUAGGAAAGUGGGUUGAGGCAGAAAGGGUAAGGAAAAUGAUGAAGGAAAGGGGAGUGGGGAAGAGAGCUGGUUGGAGUGCAUUGUAACAUGAUGAAUCAGGAACGCUAUGUUUACUCCUUUAGUCAUAAAGGCAUAGUGUCACUCUAAUGAGUUGCACUGGUUGAGAAAUGAGGAACACUUGAUUACUUCUUUUUCACUUUCAGAUUGCAAUUUGAGAAGAGCUGUGGAUCAACAGGUCCAGGAAGACUGAACGAAAAUGUGAAAUGUCCUCAUGGGCAAAAUAGCUGGAGUUUCAUCUGGAAAACAGAGGAAUGUUUCUUAAUAGUUUUGCGCCGGACGUUGACUCUUGAUGGAAUGCAACAUGAUAACGCAAAACCGAAUUUGAAGAACUCUGCAGUUGUAUGGUGGAUCUUUUGGGCAGGAAGCUGAAGCACUAAUUAUUUCAAUGCAAUGCCACCUGAUGAGAGUGUGUGGGGAGCUUUAUUAAUUGCUUGUAAAACUGAUAAUGAAAUAGAGAUAGAAGGAUGGCAAAGCUUGCUAAUGAAUGUAAACCCUCAAAAUGAUGGCUUGUACAUGUAGCUGUUGGAAACUGGGCUGACGCAUAAAGGGACGAGAGUUGGUUGGAUUGGAUUGGAAUAUG